AUGUCUGAAGACUCUUCCCCACCAGCAUACAGCACAUCUGGCGCAAAGGGAACCGCAGCAAAUUCAUUUCCACCCAGUUACACUCCCCCCUCGACAUAUGUAAUUGGUUCGACUACCACUACCGGGCCUUUGGUUGGUUUGCAGGAAGUCAAAGGACAUUUAUUACUUUUGAAUAUCUUCGCAAACUUGAAGAGCACAGUAGAGAAAAAAGAGUUCAUCCUCCCAAAUGUGCCGCAUGAAAAAGACCGAAAGUGGGCAUGGUUUGUGGGACUAUCAGUAGAGCGAUUCGAUAUCUGGUGUAGAUCUAUUAAUCCGAAGGACGCAAGUGCAGCUCAACUUUCCGCUAUCCCCCCUAUUGAUGUGAUCAUGGUGUGGCACUCGUAUAUGCUUAAUCCUCGAUGGUAUACGGAGGACUGCAUGCGCAUUCCUGCAUGCAAAAACCUGAAGACCUUGGAGCCAUUAUUCAACGAACUUUUGCUCAAUUCAUCAAUUCUUACUGAGCCUCCCUCAAAAGCUAGAAUUGAAUUCUGGGAGAGACAAAGCAACUUGGGGUUUGACCUAUUGAAUGACGUUGGCAAGAUGUCGGAAAAAACGAUAUCUUGCCCUGCUUGCGACAAGCGUAUCAGUUAUAUCUCUAGUGAUGGGUCGGGAUAUCUCCAGCAAAAGUUCAGCGUUUUUUGCCUCAAACCAGGUUGUCCUAUGGGUGAGAUAACAAAGGAAAGAAUGGCCCUCGCCAAGUUAGCUCAGGAUCUCUCUAUGACGAGCACCGGGAAUCCAGAAGACAGUUUGGCUGGAUGCUUUUUUACAUCUUCAACUCUUGAUGUCGAAAAAGGCAAGAAGGCCAAAAAGCUAGUUUGUGAUGCUGUAAAGUCCAAGGCAGAUAUAAUUCUAAAAAAACACACAUAUGGAAGCCCACAAUACCAAAGGGAAUUGUACCUGGGUAUAAUGGAGCUUUGUAAAUAUUCCUUGUCAAAUUUACGAACUCGACUGGGAUUUUCAUACCAACCCCGCCUAGUCACUCGAAUUAUGACUGCUUACAACGACGACAAAAUAUAUUCUGUUGAGCUUGUUGGGGCGGUUCUUCGGCAGGGCUCAUUUGUGGGAAAAAUGUAUGACCUGGGAUGGACAGCACCUGGUUUCUUCGACGCCGCUAGUGACGAGCUAGCUCUCCACCAUGCACUGGCUAGAUAUCAUGCGUUUCUAGACUUGAUGUCUUCUUCCCCCGCGUCGUUCUUCGUGCCGACGCUAGAUAUCGAUCUCGUUUGGCAUACCCAUCAGCUUUUCCCGAACAAAUAUGAACUUGAUUGCAAUAAACAUCUGGGAAGAUUUAUUGAUCAUGACGACAAAGUCGAAGGAAUCAGGCUUUCAUCUGCAUUUGACAUUACAUGCCGCGCCUGGAAAGAGCGCUUUGGGGUCCAAUAUACGCAUUGUGGGUGUCCUAUUCCAGGAGACACGAUAGGACAACGUUUAUCGCGUAUGGUUGGGAUAUAUACCCAACCUUCUUCCGCGGCCCCAUCACACCUCACACCGUUCGAUCGACCAGACCUCCUCUCUGCCACACAUCCAAGCGAUCACAAUGCCGUGCGCUUUGUUGCGCGCAACGAGCGGGCCCAUAGGCUCGCGAAUCAGAGGUACGAGAAUUUAGCAAAGAAAAAGCAAAAGGAACGGGAGAAAGCUGCCAAGAAGGCAGCGAAAGAGCAGUCAGAGGGGAGGAGAAACAGAUCUGGCUCCCAGACUAACUAUGUGGGUUAUUCGGAUGGCCCAGAUGUCACCAGGUCGACUUCAAACGGAUAUCGUCACGACACUAUUCCGUUCUUAGUUCCUGUUCCAAUUAUCUAUGGGCCUGAGCUGGUGACUGGAACCGCAGCCUGCGUAUCCGCAGGAGGUCAAACCGCUGGUGUGGAGGAUGUGGAAGUUCUGGUUGCGGGGGAGGCGCUGCCGGUGGGUGUGGUGGUGGAGGCGGGUGUGGCGGUGGCGGUGGAUGUGGGGGAGGCGGUGGUGGAUGUGGUGGUGGAGGAGGUUGUGGUGGUGGAGGUUGCGGUGGAGGAGGUUGAGGUUGUCGUGUCAACCGAUGAUUAG